AUGCUGCCAGCAACGGCGCAAGGCCUGAAUCCGGCUCAACAAUGGGAAAAGGUCUCGUUUGCCAAUUUUGACUGGUCUCUAUACGACUACCAUCCAGCCGACGAUGGUGGCUUCUGGCAGCUACAGCCUGGGUACCCGCCCUCGGACACCCUUCCCAGCGUGAUACCCCUCGCCGUCACCAACCGAUCGCCCGUACAGCAACCGAAAGAUAUUGAGUGGACAUGUCUCAGCGCGGCAUGCCCCUCCAAGCCGUUUAAGCGCAAGACUGACCUCGACCGCCACUACAAGCAAGCCCAUGCAGACGGCAUCUCCACACCCGUCGCUGCGCUCGGGCCUCCUCCCCCGGGCGACGAUGUGCUUAUGACCGGCACCGGCUCCGUGCCGCCACAAGUGCUGGCCUCUAAUCCAGCAGCAGCCGCCGGCGCUGUUGGCUCCCCUCCGCCGCAGGACGGCAGCACUAAUGGAAAGGAUGCGAAAGAAAAGGAGAUGUUCCACUGCGACUAUGCCGCCUGCCCCCGGCGCACCGAAGGGUUCAGUCGCAAAGACCGUUUCCGACUGCACCUGCAGGAAACGCACAAGGAAGACGUCAAUAAAAAAGGAGGAAAGAUUGAAGAUUCAUGGUUAGACAGCCGUAAGAUGUCUGCCAAGUGGUGGCGCUGUACAAAAUGUCUCGAUCGCAUCAAGAUCGAAGAGCACGGGUGGGAAUGUCCCAAGGACAACCUCAAGUGCGAAACGAGGCGGCGCGAAUAUCGCGAGAAGAUGUAG